GUAAAUUAGGGCUCUUAACAGAGAGCGAGUCCCACGGUCAAAAUUAACCAAACACUUACCACUUCACUUGCCUAUUUUUUUGCUUUUUUUGCCAUUUAAUCACAACCCAAAAAUUCUUAUAUUAUUUUCUUCCUAAUUAUCACUAAUUCAAUUUUUUCAAAAAAAAAAUAUUAAUACUUGUGAAAGAUAAAAAGUAAACAAACAAAAAUAAUAAUAAAAAACCGUUAAUAUAGACAUGGAUGGUGAAAGCCUUAGAAUCAAGCAAGAUAGAAUCAAACAAGAAAGCCCUGAUAGCCCUUGUUCUAAGAACAACAACAACGACAACAAGAACAACAGCAACAACAACAAUAACAACAACAACAACGCGAGUAAUAAAGAGCAAGACCGGUUUCUCCCUAUAGCGAAUGUAGGGAGGAUCAUGAAAAAGGUAAUUCCACAAAGUGGAAAAAUUUCUAAGGAUGCGAAAGAGACCGUUCAAGAAUGUGUUUCCGAGUUUAUAAGCUUUGUCACGGGGGAAGCCUCGGACAAAUGCCAAAGAGAAAAAAGGAAGACUAUCAAUGGUGACGACAUUAUAUGGGCUAUAACAACCCUUGGUUUCGAGGAUUACGUGAAUCCCUUGAAAAUGUACCUUAAUAAGUUUAGAGAUAUUGAAGAGGAGAAAUUAAAUGUUCCUAAGCAACAACGAUCAAAUGAUCAAUUACAUCAACUUUCACAACAACAUAAUCAUCAAAGGUUAUUACAACACCACCAACAACAUGAUCAAUUUCAACAAGUUGAUCAAGGGUUGUCACCUUAUGCUACUAGUAUAUAUUCUUCUACAAACACAUUGUUGCUUCCUCAACCGUCUUUUCCGGUACCGGAGCAGCCGUUUUCUUUGCCCUUCUCACCAAGUUCUAUUCAAAAGAAUUACCAACACCAAGAUCAAAUUGAUUCAGUUGGCCAUUGGUGAAGAAGAGGAAGUAACUUGCUCUUUGAAAUUUUGUUUUUAAAAUUUUUGGUAUUUGAUUUUUUUAUUGUUUAUUUUAUUUUUAAUUUUUUUUCACUAUGGAAUAAUACAAUGUGAUACAUAGCAAUAUAAUAUAAACAAUAUAGAAGAGGAAAACAACACAUAUACUUAUUUCAAAGACGUAAGAAAUUCAAAAUUGAUUAUCUUUUUAAAAUAAGCUACUUUUUCAGCUUCGUC